GCCGGGCUUAGGGAAGUACACACGGCGCUCCCGGAGCCGGCCCAUUAUUUGCUGAGCUCGUCCACUGUGAAUAACAGGAAGUGAGUGUUCCGGAAAGCCGAUUCUGUGUCAGAGACCUGUUUCGGCUUUGUGUACAUGAAACCCCGGCCCGUCUGUUGGUACCGCUGACUGUCCCGACUGACAGCUGAACAAUGGGCCCGACCGGCCUGCUGGGCCUCCUCCUCCUGCUGCACUGGCCACAGAUAUAUGCCAGCAAAGGAAUUUUGCGCUCAGUUGUGAUUGGGGAUCCUCCAAGAGCAAAGGAUUACUGUAUUACAUACAAUUCGACAUGGACAACCCUUCCACCGACCUAUACAAACGCUACCUUUUACAGGUUAUUAAACCUGAGCUCAGUGUGGCUGUGCAGCCCUUCGGAUGUGCCCAGUAAAGGAUUUCAGGACAUGGCGGUCAUUGUCAUGGAUGGAAACUGCUCCAUAUUGGAGAAAGCGAUUCUGGCAGAAAAUAAUAAUGCUAAAAUGCUGCUCCUUGCUUCUAAAGAAGGUCUGCCGGCUCCCCAAGACAGCAAAAUCAACCAAUUGACAAUACCCCUUGCCUAUGUCAAAUAUAAGGAUCUCAUAAACAUGGAACAGGUGCUUGGAAACAAUAUUGCUGUGACACUUUACUCCCCUACACUCACACAGUUUGAUUUCAGCCUGCUGAUUAUAUUCCUUAUCUCUGUGUUCACUGUGGCAUUGGGUGGUUACUGGAGCGGACUGUCUGAGAUGGAAGACUUGAGGCCCUCUCCAAGUGAAGAUGAAUAUGAAGGAAGGAAAAAGAAAGAUGAAAAUGUAACAUUUACUCCUUUAACUGUUAUCCUGUUUGUUGUCAUUUGUUGCGUCAUGCUGCUUCUCCUAUACUUCUUCUACAAGUGGUUAGUGUACGUUAUCAUUUGUGUGUUUUGCCUGGCAUCUGCAAUGAGUUUGUUCAACUGUCUCUCUGCGUUGAUCCGGAAUAUUCCAUAUGGAAGAUGCAGAAUUUCAUGCGUCAAUAAAAGUGCUGAAGUGAGGCUCCUUUUCUUGGCUGCUUUCUGCGUAGCUGUGUCGGUGACCUGGGCAGUGUUCCGAAAUGAAGAUAGGUGGAUAUGGAUAUUGCAAGAUAUUCUGGGAAUUGCAUUCUGCCUCAACUUUAUAAAAACUCUGCGAAUGCCAAAUUUCAAGGCCUGCGUGAUCCUCCUAGGUCUCCUUCUUGUGUAUGAUGUGUUUUUUGUGUUUAUAACUCCAUUCUUCACAAAGGUAUCAGAACAGCUUGUUGGCAUCCUGCUAGCUUCAGGUGUCUCUGUGGGCGCUGAAAAAAAUGGUGAGAGCUAUGUGGAAGUGCCUGCUGAAUCUCAAGCCACCUACGAGAAAUUACCUGUAGUCAUUAGGGUUCCUAGGCUUCAGUAUUCUGCUGUAACAUUAUGCGAGAUACCUAUGUCCUUGUUGGGCUUUGGAGAUAUCAUUGUACCUGGUCUUCUGGUUGCUUACUGCAAAAGAUUUGAUGUUCGAACAGCCUCUUCAAGUAUAUAUUAUAUAUCCUGCACCAUAGCUUAUGCUGUGGGGAUGGUGUUGACGUUCAUCAUUUUAAUGGUGAUGAAGAUGGGCCAGCCGGCUCUCCUGUAUCUAGUGCCGUGUACCCUCUUGACAAGUUCUGUUAUUGCCUGGAGAAGAAAGGAAAUGAAGAAGUUCUGGAACGGAGGAAGUUAUGAGAUAAUGGAGCAAACAGACAAUGCUGUUAAUGAAGAGAAUAUAAUUACAGGUGAAACACAAGAAGCACCGUGAUGUAUCCGUUCUGCUUCUAUGAACUUUUUUUUAAUCAGCUGUAUCAGAUAGUUUUAGAAAUAUUUUGCUGUAUUCUCCCUGUUGAAAUUGUUAUCUGAAUAUAUUUUCUAGAUAAUUUUUUUUCUUUCCCUUUACUGUAUGUAAAUCCACAGUGGGGGGGGGGUGAGGUUUUUGAAUGAAUUUGUAAUAUAUUUGUUCCUGACUAACGUGGUACAAUACUCCUUUUUGUGCUUCUGCUUUUGAUGAUGGAAGAUAUAUUUCUAUCACAUUGUGCCUUACUUCAGAUAGAAAAGGUCUUUUUGGUCUUUGCACUAUACCAAAAGUAGGCAACAUCGGUGUCAUCAAACCCUUCCAUUGUAGGUUGCCCUAAAGGGGAACUCCUUAAAAGUGUUUA